CGCGGGCAGCGCGGGCAGCACCGGCCACCAGCGCCCCCCACCCCUGAGGGGCCGCCGGUGAGCCCGAGCUGGUACCGGCCCUCAGGGACCGCCCCGCGCCGCCAUCUUCAACCGCCCCGCCGCCCUCACACAGGACCAGUUGUUGGAAUCUGGGGCUACAUAAACACCAAAUAUUACUGAAAUAUACAUAAGAAGCUGUCAUAGAAUGGAGAUAUUUUUGCGGAGUCCUAAGUGGCUUGUGUGAAUGGAAGGAAUAAGGGGUCCUUUGGAUACUACUACUUUAUUGUUGAUGUAAGAAGCAUGGUGAAAGUAAUGAUCAAAGUCACUAAUCAAACCAAGCCAUCACAAGCAUAGCUUGCAAGUGUCUUUACUGAUUGAGAAGCUAAAAUUAUUUUCUGCCUGAGAAAGCUGGAAAAAUGUUCAGAAACCACUAUCAGGGGGGCCUGUUUGUUGAAAUACUCAGUGCUCAAGGCAGGAACCCAGGAGCAAAAUGGAAGAUUUUUGGCAACCCAUCAGCUAUAUCAAAAGAAUAUGACAAAGAACUAAAAGGCUUUGUUUUUGUACUUGAAGGAAACAGUCUAAUCAACAAAAUGAAGCUACCAAGGACACCUAAACAAACUUUGGGACUGGUGCAGCAAUUUCUGACACUCCAGAUUUUUGUGCCAUUGGGAAAAGACUUCUCCACUGAGUUACUGAUAACUGAUUUUGACAAUAUUAAAAGAAGAUUGUAUUUGUCAACAGUCCACAAGGAGUUGUCUGUAACCCCUCUGCAUGCAAAGAUUCCUCUGUUUAUGAUCAAGCGCAGAAUAUGGUGCAAUAUGUGCAUUGACUUGGUAACAUUUACCUAUGAAAUAUUCAAAGGAGCUCUCUUCCGAUCUUUGGAUGGAAUUAUUAUUUCAGCUAACUGUAAGCUAAGAAAGAUCUUCACUUUAAAAUUCAAGCCAAAAGAUACAGCUCAGGAAGAUGGUACAUGCAUUGUCACAACUGGCCCAUAUGAGGCCUCAGAUGAUAUUCCUCCAACCUGCCAGCUCCAUUCUGAUGUCCCACAAGUUACACAAGUGCUGAAUAUAGAUGAAAUCCAGAAACCAGAAAUAAAAUGUAGGGAAAACGCAGUGCAAGAAACAGGUAUCUUGGGUAAUAGAGGCCAAGGCAACAUAUGCAAUGGUAAAACUCGGGAUGUAUCACACAUUGCAUUUGGGUCAAACAUCCUUGGGCCACCUCCAUCUUCAAACAGAAGAACCAAAGCAAAGGUACCUGGAAAGGUAACAAAGACCUUGGGUAGCAAGACUUCAUGCCAACUUCAAAAUUCAGGAAUGCCAGCUGAAUCCAUACCAGAUAUUGAGAGAUUGGAGCUACCAGUCUGGCCAUGCCAUGAUGCUUUAGAUCAAGGAGGCAAAAGAAAUACUCCUCAAACUACAAAUGAAUAUCAAAAUGACCCUGAAAUUCAGACUCAGAAAACAUCUGUGAGUGGAGAAGCAGAUUUUCAGCUCACCUCACCACAAGUACCAUCACCAGACAAACACAGUCAGAGAAGAUUAUCUCUAAAAAAUGCAGCCAAAGCCACAUGGGAGAUAACCAGUGAUAAAUGGGUGUUUCCAGAGAGGUUCACUGAGAGUAUUCUGUUGGAGAGCAAGGAGCACUUCGGAGCUACUGGAAGUUCAGCCUGCUGUAAUUUACCCUCAGUCCAGAAUGCCUCUGUUGAACAUCACAGCAGGGAAACAGCUGAUGAUCACAGGAAUAAGGAAGAGGUUUUCACAUUUUCAUCAAAACCUCGGUCGCCUCCUUAUGGAAAGUCUCCAAAUACAUCACUAGAAAGUGAUGUUUUCCCACUGGAAUUGGAGCUAGAGAGUAACGGAGAACAUGAGAAAACCAAAACUGAAGAUAGCUUUGAAGGAACUGACAGCAGUGAGGAGGAUGACAACAGUGAACUCAUCCAGGGUACUGAGAACAUUGAGAACAGCCACAGUAGACAAGGAACAUCUGAUUCAGCAGUUUUUAAAGAGAUUCCAUUAAAUGAGAUGUCACAGAGAAAUGAAUACUGGAAGAAUAAGGAACACAGCAAAUGUAACUUCGAUGAGGCCAUCUUAUCAAAACCACUGAGUUCUACCAUGAGAAAAACAGAAUCUAUUAGCUUUGAGAGAAGUUUAAAGCCUAUCCUUUCUCUUUCUCCAAUUCAAAGUAAAUCCAAAUCCUUUAGAGUAAUUAGAAAUGUAUCUAAAGAAACUGAAAGAUAUGAAGGAGUUUCAGAUCAAUUAGAAAGAUCUGUCAGUAAAACAUCUCUCAAGAAAGUCUCAAAAGGAAAUUCAUGUCUGACAGCACAAACUUGUGAGUAUGACAGGAAAGCGUACCAGCCAAAUAGACUGAGUUCAUCUGAGCUACAGAUGUUGGCCAGCACGAAGAGACAACAAAAUGAAGAAUUAUGGGAUGUUGGGAUCUCCCAUGGGCUGAGCGCCUCACAGAUCGAUUGCUGCAAUGUCAACACAAGUACAAGCAGGGAUGAUGGUACAGCAGCCUGGAACUCUUGUUUCCCACCACCCGUCAGUCAGGAGCAUCACUAUCAGAAAGAAAUGAGCCCACUUUCUCAUUCCAACCCACGGAACUGGUUAAAUAUGUUCAGUUGCCCUAUCGUUCCUGGAAGCCAGCAACUAGAAGAGAACACUAAAUCUUCAACAAAACAGAGAACUCCAGGUACUCUCUGCUGUAAUGAAGCAAUCAUUUCUCCAAGAAAGAGAGAAUGACAAAGCCAUUCCAUGACCUGCCUUCCCCAAGGAGGACAGUUUGGAUUUUUCCUGAACUACUGGACACCCCUCUCUAUGAAGUGCUGUGAUAAAGGCCUGCCAGAUUAGAUCAUCCCCAUCAAACAUUAGAAUCUGGGUAUUUUCCUAGAUACCCUGGCUUUAAAAAAAUCCUGAUGGACCAUGGUAACUAGAUGGUUUGGAGUAUCAUUUUCAAAAGAGGUGCUAAAUAAAUUGUGUCCUGUGAUAUAUCUCAAGGAUUUUGGGAAAAACCUUUUUUUCCUUAUUCACUUCACUGAAGAUCAGUUACUUGUGUGGCUUUGAUUUUGCUUUUGCCAUGAGAUGCAAAUUAAACUGCCAAGAGGUUUUUUCAUGCAAUUCUGAGCAGCUUCUACCCCAAAAUUGUGGCUGGUGGCUACACGAACAAUGAUGGAAAUUUUCUUUGAAAGUGACCUGUUGAUCAGUUAAUUUGGCCACAAACAUUUCUUUCCUAUACAUGGUCAGGUUGCCCAAAAUGUACCACUUGAAACAAGAGACACCUUCUAACACAACCAUUACAUACUAGUGGAGUGUUUUAGAAGAAUAUCACUAAAUUUAAGCAGUACUUCUAUUUAGGAAGAAGAACAGCAAUGAAGUUUUCUUAUGUCUGCUCAGAACUGAAUACUCCGUGCUCCCAUUGGAAAUUUGCUGCAAUACCCAGAAAUGCCUUAUAAUGCAUUCAUGAGCUUGUGAGCUGCUAAAAGGAGCCUGACUUUGAAAACAAGACAGGUCUAGAAAGCGAAGUUCUCCUUUUGGUCACAUGAAAAUACAUGCAGGGAAUUAUUGAUCUAAAGGUAUAAAUCUAAAGGUAUAAUGAUUAAAGGUAUAAAUCCAGCUAGUCCUGGAUGCAAUAGAAUUUUGAUUUGGUAUGAAUUCAAGGCACACAGUGAAAGAGGUAUACCUCAGAUGGGUCUGAAGAAUUUCUUAUUUCUAACUCAAACUGGUGAGUAUAUUGACUGGCCAGUUCCAAGGUAAAGAGGGAAGGACAUUUAAGCUUAGGGAAGAAAAGAGAAUAAUUUUGAAGUGACACAUAGGCACUGAAAAGCAAAAUAAUAAAAGGAAGAAUGCAGUGGAAAUAACAGCAUGGCUUCAGGUGAAAUUGUAAGGCUGUGUGAGGGAGUUGAGGCAUGAACACCAUUUUCUUGUGUAAUGUGAUCUGAAAUGGAGAAAAAGACAUCCAGUUCUUCACCUUCUUUCUGCACUGCAUCACUUUUCCCAAGAGCUGUCCAGACAAAAUAUCCCACUUAGCCUAUUUAGUUUCCUAGGCCUGAUGAAGUACCCACAGCAGGGAGGGAAACUAUUUGGCUUUACCUUCUUAUCUUUGGUUAGAGUGGAAGACAGUUUCUUUCGGAUGGUAUUUGUUUCAUGCUGCUGAGGAAACAAAACUGAAAUCUUUUCUAAAAGGAUGAAGUGCACACUUCUGUAUGCAUCAAAUGCACCAGCCUACUUUCUGGUCUCCAGAUAAUGUAACCUAUAUAUUGCUGUGUGAUCCUGGCUGUAAAUAGACUCUGAGAGCUGUGAAACCAUUGCCAUUUGCAUAACAGGCCAUUGCUUAUCGUGGAGCUUUAGGGCAUACAAAGCACUCAGUAUCAGCAGGCUGAGUAUGGGAUAAACAUUUAUGAUGAAAUUCAAGAUACAGAUUACAUUCAACUGUGAAUUAUCUCCUAUCAAAAAGCUGUAGAUCACAUGACUUAAAAUUAGAUUAUAGGAAAGACACACAGGUUCAGAAAAGAAGCUAUAAUAUAUAAAGCAUCUGUAAGAAAAGCCUGUAGGGCUUUAUCAGUGUAUUUUAGACUAAAGAUUCAUUUCUGUUACAUGAAAACUUUCUUGCAUUUUAUAUAACUUAAGGCAAGCAAGAUUUAAAAUUUGUAUUGUUUGGAAGAAUUUUUCCUCUCUGAUACUGAAAGAUCUUUUGCACAGAUUUACCUUUCCUGGAUAUAUUGGUGAUAUAUUGGAUACCAGAAAUCCAAAUUCCUUCAUUUUUACAGGCCUUAAGUAUGUACUGACUGCCUUUGUUCAAGCUAAAAAAUUGUUAAGGUUAUUGAGGAAAAUACCACUUAUGAAUACUUUGAUCCACUAUUAGUAAAGGUACUUCUGGUAAACUGCUCUACUGGACUUUGAAAAGUCCAGUUGCUAAGCAAACUCCAGCUGACCUCAUUUCACCUCAGUUAAGUACAAGUCUUCAGAAAUAUAAUGAAAAUGUGAAUUGCUGUUACCUUGAAGGCAACAAUUCAGAAGUCAGAAGAUUAUACCUCUGAAAGCAAAAAAAUCUCACAUCUGACAGAAAGAUAUUUUCAUGUUAUUGUUGGAGGGAAUAAGAGUGAUUUGUUCUUACUUUCUCCACUUCACACAGUUGAAGAUCACCUCAGUGCUGAAGAAGAUGAGGAAGUUUUGACUCUUUUGUGUGAUCCAUGUCUGAACUGUUACUUUGACCCAAAUUUUGGGAAAUACUAUGAAUUGGCAUAGUCAGAACAUCAGAGGAUAUUAUUUUGUAUUCAUAGUAUCUUCUAACUUCUUGCAAAAUCUGACUAAGCCAUAUUAUUUAUUGUAUAACUUAAAACUUAAAUUAAAUAAUAGUUUUGCAACCAAAUUAAUCUAUUUGGCAAAUAGUGCCUUAUUUUUAUAGCUUUGUAUUAAAUUGUAGUGCAGGGGAAGAUCACAUAGCAUAAAAGUUCCUUGUGUCUAAGACAGUUAUUUGCUAGUCUAAUUUAUUUCCAAUAUUCACAGCUUCCAUAUGAAAACAAAUGAAACUGAAUCAAGAAGGUUGGCGGUGUUUGUGUGUAAA